AUGCCAGCCUACUUUUGUGUCAUAAAAGCUUUAUCAUUAAGAUUUAAAGUUUUCUAUUCAGAAGAGGUAAUUGAAAUAAAAAGCAGUGGAUGCAAACAAAAUAUGAAUCAGAAAGUGUAUAAAGAAAAG